AUGGGUGAGGGCAAUGGUUUUGUCUUUGGCGUUUGGAUAUUUGGUGUGCUCUCGAUGACCUCCAUCACUAACCAACUUUGGAGACCAAGUCUUCUGAGGAUUACGAAGGAAAAAGUUGCAGAGUUCGUGAAGCAAAAUGAAAGUGUGAAGAAUAGUAACUCUCCUGGGACACUCAAAAGCAUUCAUGCUGCCAAAAAUGGGACACAAGUAGAUGCUACACAUUAUGGGGCUCCAAGAGAAGAGAGAAAGCAUGUGUUGGAUAUGGAUAUAUAUAAGGUCCACGAAGACUUCAAUGGAGAUUCUUAUUCUUUACAACCUUUUCUCUGUUGUGUUGACGUUGAUUGCAUGAAAUUGAAACCAAAGAUAAAUAAUAAAGUUCGUAAGGAGUAA